CGGUGGCGGUGCCGCCGCUGUUGGUUGGUACUCAGCUGAGUUGGAUCAAUAUAAAAUGUUUUCCAUUGCGCCGCGUUCCGUUCAGUUGAAAGCUUAAUUCCAUACCGAUAGCACCACACCAUAUAAGAUACUACCACCACUCACCAAAGAUUUUGGAUAUAUUCUUCUUCAUUUUUGUUUCUUGUAUUGUUAUUUGAAAAUUAAACUUACUUCUCGAAAAGCAGGAAAAGUUUUCGCAUAGUUCAGUUGCAGUAGUCUUUAAGUAUUUGGUGGAUAUAAAGUUUCGAUUUGUUAUCGAUCGCUGUGAAGAAUUCUAUUUAUGAAGUUUUAUCUUUUCAAAUAAAUAAAAUUGAAAAAAGGACUGUCGAGAAAAUCCUUGAAAAUAAUUAAAGAACAACAAAAAAUACUUCCUCUUUCCCCCUUUAGGAAACACAACUCUACAAAUAAAAGCAGUGCUAUUGACUUUUAUUGCUAAUUUAUAAUUUUUAAUUAAAAAAGAAAAUAAAAAUGGCAACAUACGCUGCAUUCAAACACGUUGAAUUAUACAAUGUUGGUAAAACCAAGAAGAGGGUCUUGAGACCACCAGGUGGCGGCUCCAGUGACAUUUUUGGUUCAGAUGUUCCAUCCACACCAAGAAGUGUAAAAAAUCAUAUGCAAUCAAAUAUCUUUUCAUGUGAAAAGGGUUCAAUGAAAAAUAAUGCCCGACAAGGAGCUCACAGAUUUUAUCUCAUUGGUGAUCAGCCACGCCGGGGUCAAAAAAACACAGAUUCGUAUACUCGUCUAUUUGGUGAUGUAGAGCGUCCAUUUACACCAGCCAAAAAUCACAUGAAGAGUAACCUUGGUUUUACCGGCAAUAGUGCUGCUUCGGAAAAUGGUAACUGCAGUGCUGCAGCUAAUGGUAAUGGGCAUCAUGCUAGUAAUGGUCGGAAUGGUAAAUUCGAAAAUGGUGGUUCGUCAUCAUCGGCAUCGUCAGUAUCCUCUUCCACCGAGAAUUUAAAGAUAAAUGGACUCUCAAAGACAGUGUUUUACCGUAAGAUGAGUGGUAAACUCGGUGAAACAUCUGGUGCUUCACCACAGCAUUCACAAAGUGAUAUACCAACCGAUGAAAAGACCAACUUAUCCAAUGAUAUUCCUUUGGCGAGAAGUUUAUCAUCAAUCAAACUUACAGAGAAUACAAUAGUUGAUAGUAGCUCACCAAGAAGCAAUCAAAUAAAUAGCUCUGAAGACUCAAGAUCUGAAUUGACAAUUUCAACUUCAUUUUCUCAGAAGUCUACUAGUGCAACAAGUGGAUCAAAUAAAUCAACUCCACGCAAUCCCAUCACAGGAUUGGGUCUUGGAGCUGAAUUGAAGUCCCGUCGUAAUGUUUCGCGCAGAGAUGGAAACCCUGUCACUGGAGAAGGAUACAAACCAGCUGGAGCUGAAAUAAAUACAACUAUCCCAAGUCUAAAUGGUGCCAACCAAGUGAUCAACAAAAAUCGCAUUCCACCUGGUGGCUUCUCUUCCGGUCUUUGGUAGAUAACGAUAUGUGGGAAUCCAUCGUUAAUUUUGUCACAAAAUAAAUAACAAAGAAAAAUUUUGAAUGAAAAAAGGAUAAUAAAUAACAUUCGCUAAAACCAACAAUUAAUAUAAAGAAACUAUAAAGCGAAAUGCAUUUAGAAAAAAACAAAAACAAAAAACUUACACUUAGAAUCAUUACAAGAAAACCACAUUUAGGACCUAAAUAUUAAAUAUUAUUUAACUCAAGCUAGAUGAGAAUAACAAAAAUGUUAUUCCAGAAACAAGUAAAUAAGUUCAUAUACAUUUAUCUUUAGAUAUUUAUCAAAAUCAGGAAGAAAAUUCAAGCAAAGCAACGCGAAGUUAUUUGUUUUCUUCACUGUCAAUUCUAAUAGCAACAAAUUUUAUUUAGAAAUACUUAAAAACGUUCUCAACACUCUUAAUUGUGAGUUUUCUUAGUUUGUCAAAAAAAAAAAUGAUUUAGAUUUAACAGAAAGAACGACAUUAAUAAAGAAUUAAAUUAGACUGCCGAAAUUAAAACGAAAAUAUAAAGACAAAAAUUAAAUUUAAAAAAAAAGAAUCAUCUUCCAAAAAAAACCGAACAGAAACAAAAUAAUGUUUUUAUAUUCAUCUGCAUGUUGUUUCUCUUAAAUUUUAUUUAUAAUCAAUUAUAACACCGUUAUAUUUAGUAAUUCUAUUUCAAAAAUAAGAAAUCUAUCUUAUAUUUUUUUUACACUCGACUGACGUACGUUUACUAAAAUACAAAUAAUUAAACAUAAAACAUAGAAAAUUGGGCCUUAUUCGAAAAAAAAAGUUUUUUUUUCCAAGAAAAUUCGAUUAAAAUAUUAUAACACACACACAAAAAAUAAAUUAAAAGUAGCUCAAAAUGUAAGGAUAGCAAUAUAUUAAUAUUUCCUUAUAAAAACAAAAGCAUCCUAUACCAAAUUAUUUUAUGUUUGCAUUCACAUACAAAUCUUAUAAUCAUCAAUUCAUCAUUUAAAUUCAAUUAUGUUUUUCUACAAAAGGAAUAUUACUUUUCUUUUUAUUAAACUCAUUUAUAUAACUUUAAGGUAUACCUACUCAUUUCAUGUAAUUUCUUUCAAUAAUUUGUAAUAAUUUCUUAACUUUACACAUUACAUUUUAUAUUGUAAAAUAUUCGAAACAAAACACAAUUGUUUUGUUCAAUAAAAAAAAUCAAUAAAAUUUUAAA